AUGGCUUUUGCUCUAAGGUUCUUCGCAUGUCUCGUUUUGACGGUUUGCAUAGUUGCAACAACAGAUGCAGCAAUCUCAUGUGGCACAGUGGCAAGUAGCUUGGCUCCAUGUGUCAACUACCUAUCGAAAGGUGGGGUAGUACCGCCACCGUGCUGUGCAGGUGUCAAAAAGUUGAACAGUAUGGCUAAAACCACACCGGACCGCCAACAAGCCUGCCAAUGCAUACAAUCCGUUGCAAAGGGGGUUUCUGGUCUUAACCCAAAUCUAGCCUCUGGUCUUCCUGGAAAGUGCGGUGUUAGCAUUCCCUAUCCGAUCUCCAUGAACACUGACUGCAAAAACAUCAAGUGA